AUGUCCGGCAACGAAUGUCCUCUCUUGAAAUUGAAUUCUACCGUGUCCUAUGAUUAUGCAUUGCGUGUGGAAGAACGGGAAUUCCCGCUUGCAUUCAGCUUGAUUGUGUACACCGAUGCAAACCGGGUGCUUCGCCUGUUUCAUGCCAUCUAUCGGCCACAGAAUUUCUAUUGCAUUCAUAUUGAUCGAAAAAGUGAACCUGUAUUUGUCAAACGGAUUGAACGAUUGAAACAAUUGGGGUCNUUGGAUGCGGAUCUGACCUGUGCUCGAAUUCUGCUCGAACGAGCUCCCGGUGGUUGGAAGUAUUGGAUCAAUCUGACUGGACAGGAAUUCCCGUUGCGCACGAACUGGGAACUGGUUCGUGCUCUUCGUCUGUUAAACGGGGCCAACAUAGUUGAAGCUGCCUAUCGUCGUCGCAAUACGCAGCGAUGUCCACCACCGGAAUUUUUACCUUUCAAUAUCCAUGCAGCCUAA